AUGGCGGAUAAACAUCAGCCGGAUUCUAGUAAUUCUGUUCAAAUGGGUAUACGGCAUAAGCAAGGUAUGCCCAUGCAAAGUCAAUUCGAACAAGCUAUUUUAGAUGUUUAUGAUUUUUGUAUUAAAGAAAAAGAAGCAGGCGUUCCUAUAAUUCCAUUAAAUCAUUUUUCUAAACGUGUAUGUGAACUCUUAAAGAUUUCAGAUUCUUCAGUUAAAAGAGUAUUAAGAAAACGAGAAAAUGGAGAACCAUUAGCACCAGUUAAAAGAACUAGAAAUAGAAAAAGCCCAAUUACAAACAUAGAUGAUUUUACUAGAGAUGCUAUUGCUAGAAAAGUUCAUGCCUACAAUUUUCAGGUGAAUAUUUACAUGAAUAAGUAUAAAUCUCUUUUAGACAAACAUUUUACCAUGGCAGCCCUUUUAGAAGAGUGUAAAACAGACCUUGGAUUCAAGGGUUGUGAAAAAUCAUUGCGAGCAAUUUUACAAAAACAAUUGGGUUUCGUCUUCAAAAAAGUUGAUAAUAAAUUAAAACUGGAACAAAGAAGACUCGUUAAAAAACGUACGCGUAGUCCUAAGCAACAAAAACCUACAAAAAAAACUAAAAAACUUAAGCAAAAUAGUGUUCCUGUUCAAACUCAAACAAUGCAAAGUGGUCCAGUUCCUGAUAUGUCAAUGGGUUCUAACGAUAGAAAUAAUACAAUCGAUCACAUGGGUGCAACAUUGCAUGCCAUACCAAUUCACAGAGGGACUCAUACUGGAAUGGAAGAAAUUCAAAUUAGGCAUCAAGCUCAUCAGACUGAUACUAUAGAACAUAUGGCUCUAACAGGAUUAGUAGCUCACAGGGCUAAUGUUAUUGAAAGUAUGGCAAUGGCACAUAGGGCUAAUGACAUAACAAUGCAACAACAUCACAGAGGACAUACAAUGGAAGGAAUGACAACAGUCAUUAACGAGUUUAGGAAAAUUUACAAAAAAUGUGCCAACAAGGCUAUUUCUUAUGAAGUUCUCACAAACUUCAUAAGCGUAAUGUAA